GCGGAAUGGUCCCUCUCAUGGCAAUGGCGAUCGCCGCUCGGUUUGCGCUCCUCGACCUCCGCCGCCGUCCCUGCUCUCCGUUCUCCUCCUCCGCCGCCGCCGCCGCCGCGAGCUCCGGCGAAGUGCUCGUCUCCGACGUGGUCUCGCUCCUGACCCACCACCGCUCCAAGUCGCGAUGGAGCCACCUCCGCUCCAUGUGCCCCGACGGGCUCCCCCCGGCGGCGUUCUCCCAAAUCGCCCUCCGCCUCCGGAACAACGCCCACCUCGCCCUCCGCUUCUUCCUCUUCACGCGGCGGCGCGCCCUCUGCGACCACGACCUGCGCUCCUACGCCACGACCAUCCACGUCCUCUCCAGGGCCCGCCUCAAGCGCCACGCUCAGGGCUUGAUCAGAGAAGCCCUCAGGAUCUCCCCCGACACGAAGCCCGUCGGGGUUUUCGAGGUGCUUGUCCGGACGUACCGGGAGUGCGAUUCCGCGCCCUUCGUGUUCGAUUUGUUGAUCGAGUGCUGCUUGGAAGCGAAGAAGGUCGACGCGGCUCUGGAAAUCGCGAGGCUGUUGAGGUCGCGUGGUCUGAGCCCUAAAGUCGCUACCUUGAAUUCGUUAAUUUGCUCGGUUUCUAGGUGUAGAGGUGCAUUGGCGGGUUAUGAGAUUUAUAAGGAGGUUUUCGGGGUGCUUAAUGGUGGAAAUGUGGGGAAUCCGAAAGGGGCUGUCAGAAUCAGCCCGAAUGUGCAUACUUUUAAUACAUUGAUGACCUGCUUCUAUCGGGACGGCGCUGCGGAGAGAGUUGAGGAGAUUUGGGACGAAAUGGUGAGGUCGAGUUGCACGCCGAAUGUGCACAGCUAUAGUGUGUUGAUGGCCGUGUAUUGCGAGGAUGGAAAGGUUGUAGAAGCCGAGAAAAUUUGGGAUGAGAUGAGAGUUAAGGGGAUCGAGGCUGAUGUUUUGGCCUACAAUACCAUCAUUGCCGGGUUUUCCGAGAGUGGACAGAUCGAGAGGGCUGAGGAAUUGGCGAGAGAAAUGGAAUUGAAUGGAUUGGAGAGUACUGGCGUCACUUAUGAGCACCUUAUAAAGGGGUACUGUAAUGUAGGAGAUGUCAAUUCGGCUUUGCUGGUUUAUAAGGACAUGUGCAGAAAAAAGUUCGGGCCAGAGCCAUCAACAAUACAUGCAAUGACCGUAGCGCUGUGUGGUCAGAGUAGGGUUUUUGAAGCUCUGGAUAUUUUGAGAGGUGCAGGAGAUAAUUCUUGUUUUUUGCCAAAAGGGAAGAGUUAUGAGGUUUUGAUAAUUAGGCUGUGCUUGGAGGGGAAGAUGGAAGAAGCUUUGAGGCUCCAGGCAGAGAUGGUAGGUAAAGGUUUUGAAACGAAUUUGGAGAUUUACACUGCUUUUAUAGAUGGUUACAAGAAGAAAGGGAACAGGGAAAUGGUGGAGAAGCUGAGAAAAGAAAUGCUGGACAUGCAGCAGAAAGUGGAUUAGAGGGUAUUAGUUGGUUGAGCCACUUUCUGGAGAAGUUCUGAUUCUGGGAUCCGCAUCUGCUAAUGCAAGAUUUCAUGCUUUCAUAAGUAGUGGAAUCAUCGCCAGAGCCUCUGCUAACUGUUUUGUGACAACUUGUGGCAUAGCAAUCUUAAACAAUGGUUUAUGUGCUCUACGUUCUCUUUUGUUUGGAAUUGGCUUCAGAAGGAAAGUUGAUAUCGCUGGGGAGCUGAGUGGAGUGGAGGAGUUGACGUUACCAUGGUUUUGGCUAGGUUUUUUGGUCCUAGGAGAAGAAUACACAUUGGAAGGAUUGGUUUGGUUUUGGGGCAAGUCAAGGUAAGAAAGUACUUGGCUCAGGUUGAUAUGAACUUGUGUGCAAGUACGUUAAAAGGUGACCGCAGUACUGUGUUCCCACGGGUCCGUUUUGUAAAACAAGGGAAGCAUUUCUUUUGAUGGAUCCACAUUUUAUUAUUGGUUGGCGAUCUUUAGACAAUGAGAAGAUUGUUUGUAGAUGUGAACUCUGUAAAGUGCAACAAAUUGAGGUUGAUGGUCAUCUCUCAUUGUAAUGCUCUCUCCAGAGACGACUGUGGCCACCAAAAUACUUAUAUGAGUGUUGAGUUUAAAGGAAGGAGAGAUAUGGGUUGUUGAGUACAUAGGACUGCAAAGAUGGAAACAACUGUUCUCAGGUGUUACGUUGUUUGCGGAAGUGAGAGACCAUACUGAAAUAAUUGAACAGCUUGAAAUAUGCAAGACUAAUCUCCCAGAGAUUCCGAUAUACGAGGGCUCAGAGCUUGGCAAAGCUACACAUUUCAGAAGAAGGAAUCUUAAUCCUCAUGGCGAGGUACAAGAAAGCCAGCACAAAGAUCCAAGGUGGUCAGUUUUUAUAGACACUCUACAUUAUAACCUUUGUAGACAAUGAAAGAAUUGCAUUUGCGAUUCCUGAUGAUAAAACUAGGAAGAAUUAUGUAUAUUUUGCACAAUGAUCUGGAGAGUAUUAUGCUCCGAGUGUAACUUUCUGAUCUACAAUUGCACGCUCAAUGCUAUAAUUUCCAUUA